CGGCGGUGGCGCCGGGGGGCGGGGAGGCGACGGCCUCGCUCUGGCCGAAUCCCCGCAGCUCCCGGCAGCGGCGCCAUGGACGAGGCGGUCGGGGACCUAAAGCAGGCCUUACCCUGCGUGGCCGAGUCUCCCGCGGUGCACGUGGAGGUGCUGCAGCGCGGCGGCAGCACUGCGAAAAAAGAAGAUAUAAAGCUAAGUGUACGGAAGCUUCUCAACAGGCAUAACAUUGUAUUUGGAGAUUACACUUGGACUGAGUUCGAUGAUCCUUUUCUGAUCAGAAACGUACAGUCUGUGUCUAUUGUUGACACAGAAUUAAAAGCUAAAGAUGUUCAGCCCAUUGAUUUGAAUGCAUGCACCACUGCACUUCACAUUUUUCAGUUGAAUGAAGAUGGCCCCAUCAGUGAAAACUUGGAGGAAGAGACAGAAAAUAUAAUUGCAGCAAAUCACUGGGUUCUGCCUGCAGCUGAGUUCCAUGGGCUUUGGGACAGCCUAGUGUAUGAUGUGGAAGUCAAAUCACAUCUCCUUGAUUAUGUGAUGACCACCUUACUCUUCUCAGACAAGAAUGUUGACAGCAACAUCAUCAGCUGGAACCGAGUGGUGCUUCUGCAUGGUCCCCCAGGAACUGGAAAGACAUCUCUGUGCAAGGCACUGGCCCAGAAACUGACCAUCCGACUGUCUAGCAGGUACCGGUAUGGCCAAUUAGUUGAAAUAAACAGCCACAGCUUGUUUUCUAAGUGGUUUUCAGAAAGUGGGAAGCUGGUAACUAGGAUGUUCCAGAAGAUCCAAGACUUGAUUGACGAUAAAGAAGCACUGGUGUUUGUGCUGAUCGAUGAGGUAGAAAGUCUCACAGCUGCUCGCAGUGCCUGUAGGGCAGGUGCUGAGCCAUCCGACGCGAUCCGUGUUGUCAAUGCCGUCUUGACCCAGAUUGAUCAGAUUAAGAGGCAUUCCAAUGUGGUGAUUCUGACCACCUCCAACAUCACCGAGAAGAUCGAUGUGGCCUUUGUGGACAGAGCUGACAUCAAACAGUACAUCGGGCCACCCUCUGCGGCAGCCAUCUUCAAAAUCUACCUCUCUUGUUUGGAAGAACUAAUGAAGUGCCAGAUCAUAUACCCCCGCCAGCAGCUACUGACCCUCCGGGAGCUGGAGAUGAUUGGCUUCAUUGAGAACAACGUGUCAAAGCUGAGCCUGCUUUUGAGUGAAAUUUCAAGGAAGAGCCAGGGGCUCAGUGGCCGGGUCCUGAGGAAGCUCCCUUUUCUGGCUCACGCACUGUAUAUCCAGGCACCCACCGUCACCAUUGAGGGGUUCCUUCAGGCCCUGUCUCUGGCAGUGGACAAGCAGUUUGAAGAAAAAAAGAAGCUUUCCACCCACAUUUGACUCUGCAGCCCUCUGGUUUUCUCUGAAGAACCAGAGCGUGUGACGCUCCAGAAGCACUUCUUUCUGCAAGCCACCAAGGCCUGUGGCCGGAGCACAUUGUCACUGGAAGGCCUGUACUUGCGCUGCUUUAAGCGCAUAUUUAGAAGACAAUGGCUUGUCAUUUCUAAUUUUUAAAAGAAUGCAAAUUCUGUGUGCCACUUAAAUAUGUUUAUUCUAUCCUGCCUUUAGCCCACCAGACACAGGUUGUUAACAAGAUCGUUUAAAGCAAGCAACAUAGCUCUCAUAGAAAUGAGAAAGACAGUCCACCUAAGUAAGUGUGUAGUCACAGCACGAAAGGUGGGCAGGUCACGGAGGAAUCUGCUUUCUGAUAUGAGCUGGUUUUAUUCAGUGGGUAAGGAAACUUGUUCCUAUGAUACAACAGUGGAGAAAAGGUCCUGGUGUGCUUUCCCGUAGCAGUCAGAUAGGAUCUUCAGAGAUCAGGCCCUCCGUGGGUGUGUGAAGCGGGGCAGUGUUUGCCAGUUUCUGCUCUUUUUCUGCUCUUUUUUCAAUGUGCCAGGUGUAAAAUGAGCAGGUGCAUUUGAUAGAAUAUCGCAUCCUUUUCUCAUGGUAAAGUAAAUUUUACAUUAAUGCUUUGUACAAAAAGCCCACUUGUAAAGGGAGUGAUGUCUGUGUCAUAAACGUUUUAAAUAUUAAACCUGUUUUUAGAA